AUGCUGAAGAUUCCACAUGGGGCAAAGGCAGACCAUGCGAGUUCGAAGGAGAUCCCACGUGUUCAAGAGCAGAAAUCAAAGCCCUCCUUGCAAGCAGAUCAGUGUCAUGACAAACGCAGCGGAGCACGUCUCUUGUUCCGUGACAAACGAGGCAAAUCUAUCUCCAACGAUCAUUGCACCUGCAACGAAGAGAAAGUUCAAAACAAGGGCUUGUGGGCAUUUGCACAUUCGCCAGCAUCGGUGGAAGAGAAUGGGAGAGAACGGAAGAGCAAGACAGAUCAUGUCUAUAAGAAGAAGGGUCGGUACUGGAACUUUAGGAACGAAAGGCGAUUCAAGCCCAUGUUCUUGCAUAACAAGGGGUUCUCCUUGUUCGAUGUGGUUGGAGGAAGCACAGAAUCGAAGCUCAUCAAUCAAGUGUUUUCCCUCACAACAGAGUUGAAUUAUGUCAGGGCACAGUUAAAUAGUUUGCAGCCAUGUCUUGCCCUGGAUGCAGAGGAGGGCAAAAAGCCUCAAGAGGCCUUUUGUUGUGCUCAUGAGAAUCCUAUUGACUCGAUUCUUCGACAAGAGUUCAUCGAGAAUCCAAGUUUCGUGAUGCACCAGACCAAAUUGCAAAUGCUGCAAAGUAAGCUGGAGGAAAAAAUGCUUGAAUGCAAAAUGCAAAGCAAACAAAUAGAAGAACUGAAGAUUGAAGCGCAGAAGAACUCAGCAUCCCUGCGCGAAGUGUCUGAGCUUGAAAGCAAAUUUCAGCAGUGCAUGGAGAGUUUGGCGAUGGCAGAGAGCCAAGUUUCGCAGGCAUCAAAAUGCUUCGAAAGAAUUGAGUCAACAGAGUUGAUUGUAAGUGAUUUGGAACACACUACUACAAGACUCGCGCAAAGCUUGGAAAACGCCGACGAGAAAUUGGAUUCGAAAUACCAAGAGGUAGUAAUUGGCAUAGAAAGGCUUGAAUCGACAAUGGAAUCUUUGCACCGUUGUAUGUUGGUGGAGCAGGAGACAACUUGCAGUCAGUUGGAGCAGUUUAGAGCAUCGAUGAUUCAACAGGAAGCGUCGCACGCAAAAGAGGUUGAGGUUCUAAAAAGCGAAUCAAAGAUGAAUCAAUCACAAUUAUCCAACAUGCUUUGGGAGCUGGAGACAUACGUCAACCAAUGCAAUACACAAGAAGUCGCGCUCUCUCACAUGCAAAGACAAUGUGUCAAACUGCAGGCAGAGUUGUCGGAGUCCUUGAAAGACAAGGCCGCCCUCAAAGAGCAGCUGAAACAGAUGUCGGAGCAGUUGGCGGAAGCUCAGAACCGUUGCUCUGAGAUGGAGCGAGAUCGUGAGCAAGAAAGAAUGGAAAUCAUCAACUACAACCAAGAGAUUCAGAACCUGGGGGAUAUGGAUGAUGAUGACUUGUCAGAUGUGGGGGAGGACGUCGAGAGGUCCAUGGCCUAUUUUGACUCCUGUUGUGAAAGCUCGAAACGAAUUUCCCACCAUGACAUCUUGGCGAUGUUUGUCAGCCAUGGUUCAAACGUGGCCGAGUCGAUGAACCAUCGGAUCGAAGCUUGCAUCGUUCAGUCAGACGAGACAAUCAAGACUCUUCAAUCCGUCGCAGCCGAUUCGAAGGCGCACGCAUUGCAGGACAUGAAGUCGUCGGCUGCAACGGAGAGCAGCGAUAGUCCCACGGGUGAUUUCGUGGAUGUAAUUCUAAGGAGAAUGCGCAAGAACGGGGAGAUAGCUGAUGACACUUUGCAAGUCAUGGAUGAGUUGCAACAGCAAUUCUUUGCGAAUGAGGAGAAACCCUCAACGAAGAAUGGAGAACCAGUUGUACAGGACAGCAGCUUGGAGGAGCUUGUGAUGGAGCAGGUAAAAGAAUUGAACAGGUGA